UGUGAUACAAAAAUACACCCUGCAGCUACAAAUAUGCUCCUUCCACCACGGCGGUGACUCAGACCCAACUGUUUGCUUCGCCUGAACGGAAACGAGUCGUAACCGUGAGUCCCGGCCCGCCUGUCACUCUCCCGGAGCCCCCGCCCAGCCGCUCUGUUAACGGGAACUCCCCCUAAGUUCCCCGGUGCUCCUGCCUCUGCUCAUUCUCUCCGCGAGCUGUCACGCACUCACACGCGCGCGCACAUCUUUCCCCCGCGGAGUCGCCGCGUGCUGGAGCAACCAUCCGUCCGCUCCGCCCGAAGGCUCCACGGCUCCGGAGCGCUCCGCAGCCCGCGUCGAGCCUCGUCGUGACGGGAGUUGGUCGGCGGAAGGCAGAAGGUGGCGUCAUUCAGACGAAGGCUCUCUCUGCUGCACGUCGUGACUGGAAAAAAGGGAUUUUUUUGGAGAAAGAAGCAUUCUGUGAUCCCACAAUAGUGUUGGAGUCAGCAAAUGUUCCUCAUCUUUUCAAGGAAAGGGUUUUUUCUAUUCAAGCUCAAUGGAUGUAAAGCCCUCUCUGGCCUUGGAUUAGGUCCCCGGAGCUGUGUUUUUUUGGAUGUUUCACCGCCACUAUCCUCCAUGGUUGUCAUUAGUGGCUAAUGAGCUGCUGCUGCAGAGGACAGGAAGAAGCUGCCUGUGGAGAGAGCUGUGCAGCUGUUAUUAAGAGGGCUCCAGAUCCCUGAAAAAAAUGUGUCUUUGCUUCUUUAAUCGAGCUUUAAAAGCAUGAAAAUAUGAGUUCAGGAAAUUGAUGUUGGCUGUUUUUUUUUUUGUCAUUUCUAUUUCUGAAAAAAGGGUUGAAAAAUGACUCCAGUCAGAUCCAAGGCCAGUCAUUUAAGCAGGAUGUUUCUGACUUUGAACACAAGCAUUGACAGUAUUUUAAAACCAAGUACUAAAAAGUUUUUUUAAGCAUUAAGUAUUAAUUAAAUAUCAGUUUGCUCUGCCUAUGCUUUUCCAUCAAAGUUAUGGCAGCUGCCUAUCGUGUGGUUGUAAGCAGUGUUAGCUGUUACAACAGCGUAGUGGUGGACCGACGGACGCACUCUCAUGCUGUGCAUUACUGCUGUGGGCCAUGUGGGGCGCUGUCCCAGGGCCUGGACUGUGCCAUCGCACACCGCAGCACAUGCUCGGAGCUCCUCGUGGCCCCCGACCCGCCAUACAAUGACUUCAACAGCUCUCCCGUUCACUCCAGUAACUUGAUCACUCAGCAACUCCCUAACCACGGUAAACUUUGUGCCUCUAUGGGGGCUAUUCAUAAUGGUGGGCUGGAGAGAGCAGGCAGCAGUGGCAAUUUGUCUUUAGGGGAGGACAGCCCCACAUGGCGAGGUAAGAAGACCCCCAGUGGUGGUGGAUCAACUGGGAACUUGAGCUCUUCUUGCAGCCUGAAGGACAUUACUGAAGAGGCCAUCAACCUGGCCAGCGGGAAGCUCAAAGAAUUCUCAUUUGACAAGCUCCGUCUGUCCUCAUCAAGUCAUGUCACUCUUCGUAAAGGUCGCAAAGUCCGCCCCGACUCUUUUAGCCGUCGCUCCACUGACCUGGAGAUCAUCUAUGGUCACUUCAGUGCCAACUCCACAACAACCACAAACAUUUCAAAUAACUUGGGAACUUCUAACGACGAGAACACGCCUCCGUUUGUGUUAGGAAAAGGAACGGGAUUGGAGGAGACGAAACUAAACGGCAACUCAGCCACAUUGUCAACAGUCAACAAAGCAAGCGGUGGAUCAACGAGCAGUCUUUCAAGUUUUGGGUCAUUGGACCAGAGUCUGAACACGGUGGCUUCUUUGUAUCGCACCACCCUUGGGGAAGAGAACCUUAUUGCCCGUCUGUUGGAGAAGACGCGGGCAGAGGCUGCCAGUGGUGGUGGUGAGGACAUUCGCGCUUGCCUCGACAUCCUGCUCAAAUGUUCUGAAGACCUAAAAAAAUGCACUGACAUCAUCAAGCAGUGCAUCAAGCGCAAAGCAGGUGGUGGGCCGGAGGAAGGUGGAGCAAGUCCAGACAGUGUUUACAGAGCUGUGAUGACCCGACUUAGCUCCUACCUGAAGAGACUGCCUCUGGAGCUGGAGGGUCUUGGAAGUUUGGGGGGCAGUGGACAAGGCGUCCAAGGUGCACCUGGGGGUGGGCACAGUGAUCUUGCUGAGCUGGUUAACACUCUCCACUCCAUCCAGCAGGGACCUUACUCUCCCAUAUUUGGCAAUGAGCAGCCCCCACGCUACGAAGACGUGGUGCAGUCACCACCUAUCCCAAAGAGUGUUGCUGUUUCCUCUACGACUAAGUCUAUAAAAUCAGAUUCAGUCCAGAAAGCAGCAGUCCAGUCAAAGGAUACUCCACUCACCAACGGGCUGCAACAUACACCCAAUGUCUCGGUUCCUCAAAACACCCUCUCUCCACCACCUAUCACAUACUCACCAUGUAAUUCCUCUCCAAGUCACUCCCCUUUACGAAACUCCCCAAUCCCGCCUUACACCCACACUCCCCCGGCCUCCCCCAUGGAAGCUCUUUUUAUUGAGGAAGAGGAAGCGGAAAUGGGAAAAACUUCAGACAAUCCCCUGCAGCAGAUGCACUCUCCAUCUAGAGGGCUGAACAAUACCCCCAGCAAAAAUGGGACUAUGUUGGGACAACAGCUGCAGCCCCACACACCUUAUAUCUCAUCAAAACCUAUGGCUGCUAUCUCUGGCUACAUCCCCUCUUGGCCUUCCGCUGCCACAGUCCCAACAAACAAAGCCUCCUCCCAGAAGAAUGAGGAUAUAGACAAGCUACUGAUGGACUUAGAAAAUCUGUCUCAGAGUAUGAGCCACCCCAGAAACACUGAGCCUCCACUUCCUGUUAAAACCAGGAAGAGGGAAGGAAAUAAAGCGAUUUCUAAUGACUCUUUCACUCAACCAAAACUUGCCCAGUUCCAAAUUCCAAAUCCAACCAGCCAACUAUCUAUGAAUGGUCUUAUUCCUGUGACCUCUCAGAGCCUCACUCCUCCCCAAGGAGACAUCAGUGAACCUGUGACUGAGGAAGAGGACGGAGCACUUUUGCUAAGAAUCCUGGAGAGCAUUGAGAGUUUUGCCCAGGAGCUGGUGGAUUCUGGAGCGGGGGGCACCGGGAGUGUAGAGAGGAAAUGUGGAAAGGAGAAGGAAGUAAUGAGACUCCUACAGGACACUCUGGUCCCAUCCAGCAGAGCUGAUACCCCUCUGGAAAGCAUAAACACAACAGCUGCUUCCACCACCCCGUCCAUUCCUACAAUCGAAGUGUCAUCUAUGGUGACAAAAGAGGGCGAGACAAAUGCACCUGCAGCCAUUCCUGUGCCUGUAGAGUCUGAAGGAAAGUGGAGUGCUACCGAGGAAGCCAUACCUGUACCUGAAAAAGCACCCCAACUACUACCUGCAUUCACACAAGGUGCAGAUAGAGUUGCAGAAGAUCCUACGGAUGAGUUCCAUGCUGCCCCAUCAGAAGCUGCUAAUGUGCGCCUUAACACCCAAGUGGAGGAGGCACCACCUGCCGUCUUACCUGAAGUCUCAGUUCCUGACCCCAUACCAACAGAAGAAGCCAUAAGAGAGAUCCCGGUUGGCGAACCUGGAGCUGCCUCAACCCUCCUCAUCCAGCAGACUCCAGAGGUAAUCAGGGUCCAGCCUAAGCCUGAAAAGAAGCCUGUCACGCCUCCACCAGCACCUGCCACAGCUGCCCCGCCCCCAGCGCCACGCUCACCAAGCCCUCCUCCAGCCCCGGCGAUUAUCACCCCCCCUCCUCCUGCCAUAAACAUUCCCAGGUUCUACUACCCCCGUGGGCUCCCUGCCAUGGGCCCUGCUGCCAACCACGACUCCACCAUCGCUGCCGUGGAGACGGCCUUCGCGGAGCUGGAGGAGGAGAAGGCCGACAUUUAUGAAAUGGGCAAGAUUGCAAAGGCUUGUGGCUGUCCGCUGUACUGGAAAGCCCCCAUGUUCUGCACUGCUGGUGGAGAGAGGACCGGCUUUGUGUCGGUUCACUCAUUCGUGGCCACGUGGAAAAAGGUGUUGCUCAGCUGCCACGAUGACGCAUCCAAGUUCAUUCACCUGUUAGCCAAACCGGGAUGUAACUACUUGGAACAGGAAGACUUUAUCCCUCUCCUGCAGGACAUAGUGGACACUCAUCCUGGACUCACAUUUCUGAAAGACGCCCCCGAGUUCCACUCACGCUACAUCACAACGGUGAUCCAGCGGAUCUACUACGUGGUCAACCGCUCUUGGACCGGCCGCAUCACCAUGAUGGAGCUGCGCCGCAGCAACUUCCUUCAAACUCUGGCGCUGCUGGAGGAGGAGGAAGACAUCAACCAGAUCACCGACUACUUCUCCUAUGAACACUUCUACGUCAUCUACUGCAAGUUUUGGGAGCUGGACACCGACCACGACUUGUACAUCGAUCCCAAAGACUUGGGCAGAUACAACGACCACGCCUCCUCACACAGGAUUAUUGAGAGGCUGUUUUCAGGGGCGGUUACUCGGGGCAGUGCUGUGCAAAGGGAAGGCAGGAUGAGCUACGCCGAGUUCGUCUGGUUCCUCAUAUCUGAAGAAGACAAGAAAAAUCCAACGAGCAUCGAGUAUUGGUUCCGCUGCAUGGACCUGGAUGGUGACGGCGUCCUCUCCAUGUUUGAGCUGGAGUAUUUCUACGAGGAGCAGUGUGAGAGGAUGGAGAGAAUGGGAAUCGAACCGCUGCCCUUCCAGGAUCUGCUCUGCCAGAUGCUGGAUCUGGUGAAACCGGAAAGUACAGGAAAGAUAAGCCUGGGCGAUCUGAAGCGCUGUCGGAUGGCUCACAUCUUCUUCGACACCUUCUUCAACCUGGAGAAGUACCUGGACCACGAACAGAGAGAUCCAUUUGCUGUGCAAAAGGACGUUGACAGUGAAGGCCCAGAACCGUCGGACUGGGAUAAAUAUGCUGCAGAGGAGUACGAGAUCCUGGUGGCUGAGGAAACCGCAAACGAGCAGCUCCAUGAGGGAUCUUUUGACGAUGACUAUGAAUCCGAGGAGCUUCAAGUCUCUGGAGACAUUCGGAAUAAAAUGGAAAAACUGGUCAUUUCAGACCUGACGGCAUAAGAAGACUGUUUGCUUCUGGACUCCCGCUCAGGAUGGAGAUGUUUCACAAAGCAAAACAGCUCUUACAGGAAGUAUUAUGGAUUAUUUCUGACAAUCCUUUAAAUGGACAAUCAGAUUUUUUUUCUUUUUUUUAAAACGUGCCAAAGGUAGACUACCAGCCACAAAGGGAGAGCUAGAAUCAGGUCAUAAAGUCGCUGAAACAUGCUGCACCUCCUCUCUGUGGCCAGUAUGCGCCACUGCGCCGCCGGAGCUGCACGCCGCAGGGCGGCUGGCGAACAUUUUCCACGAGCCGCUCUAUUAUUAGCGCGGCUUUAUCAGAAAGGACUUCCUGUCUGGAGUCGCAGGCUGCAGCGUUUUAAGACGAGAAAGGAGGGGAUGGUGUCCUCCGUGUCGAACAUUUCCACUUGUCUUACAUCUCCAUCCUUUCCUUGUUUUCACUGUAUGACAGAAACGUCACUGAACGUUCGUUGCACAAAGAGCUCAGUAUUAUGUUAUAAAAAGGAGAAAAAAAAGGAUUUUCACCCAUCCUGGAUGAUUUACAGCUCUCGAUGUAUUUUUUUUAAGUGUACAGUGCAUGGUCGUAACUUAUUUAUGUCGUUUUUUUCUGUUUAAUUGCAUACAAAUCAUGAUUUAUACAUGAAAAGUCGACGUCCAUCAGUUUUUGUUCAAUUUGAGGCCUCAAUAAUCCAGUUAAGAUGACCUCCUCCUACUGGCACCUGCUGUACUCACACUUUAAUAUGGUUUCUACAGAAAAAAAGGGGAAAUAGUCCCUCCAAUUCCCACCUUUACUGAUUUAUAUGAUUGUAAAUCCUUUUUAACUGUGUAUUUAGCUGGGGAGGGAGGGGGUAAAUUAUGUCAGACGUGUCCGCUCUCCGCUCCUCACUAAAUGAGGUCAUUCUAAUGCAGGAACACGUGUUUUAUUUCUGGGGUCACAAUAAUAAACUGACUGUGAAAGGCGA